AUGUCUCUGCUCAGAGAAGUGAAGCCUCGAAAUGCUCGCACGGCUAGGAUCGUGAAAGCACGCGAGCCUCAACAGAUAGAAGCGCGAAAACGAGUCCUGCUCCUUCAUGGCACCAAAUGCCCACAAUCACUAGCCACAUGCCUCACAACGAUCGCAAAACUGACACAACCAUAUUCGACCAAACUCAACAAGAAGAACGACAACAUACAUCCCUUCGAGAAUGCGGAAUCUCUGGAGUUUCUGGCUGGGAAAAACGAGUGUGGUAUCGUCGUCUUCGGCACACACACCAAGAAAAGACCUAACAAUGUCACGUUACUGAGAGCGUUCGACAAUCGAGUACUGGACAUGGUCGAAUUGCUGCUCAUAACCCCACCGGAGUUGAUCCAGGUCCAGCGACGGAUAGACAUUGGUGUAGAGAUGAAGCCAAUGAUCCUCUUCGCAGGCUCACAAUGGGAGGACGAGUCAUCAUCAGAGCGAGCUGCAGUGUUCAGGACUCUUCGAUCACAAUUGCUUGACCUGUUCCAGGGCGAGGAGAUUCCGAGUGUCGACGUUGCAGGCCUACAGCACGUUCUCAUGAUCGCCGCCGGCGAGGGAGCAAACAACAACUCGAGAAUAUUGGAUGACCCAGCAGACAAACCGGUGAUUCAUCUACGAUGGUACAAAGUCAACACGAAGAAGUCGACGUCACCAAAAGUGCCACGAGUCGAGCUCGAAUCAGUUGGGCCUAUAUUUGACUUCAGAGUUGGUCGUUUCCGCGAAGCUGAUGAGUCAGUCAUGAAAGAGGCCAUGAAGCACGGUAGACGACCGAACGAGGCGCGCACGAAGAAGAACAUCGAGACAGACCUGGUCGGAGACAAGAUCGGCCGUGUUCACUUGGGCAAGCAGGAUCUAUCUCAACUACAGACACGGAAAAUGAAGGGGCUGAAGAGAAGUCACGCUGAUUUGGACGACGAGGAGACUGUCACGAAUGGGGUUGAGAAUGACGAGGACGAACUGCUUGUGCCUGAUGAGGAUCUGGACGAGGAUGGUGGCAUGGAUCUGGAUGGAGAAGACGAGUCUGGCGCUAGCAGUCUGGGCGAAAGUGGUGACGAGAUUGAUAUUGGCGACGACAGUGACGAGGAGAUGGCUGAUGAGUUGGUGCCUGAUUCACUGCCUAAGCGGCAGAAGCUGUCACGAUAG